CACUUGGUGUAGGAAAGUUGGAUAAUUAUGUCCGGCUUCCGGUUCUUGUACCUCGUCCGGCCUUUCCUGCCAAUCCUACCCGAAAUCUCAUCUCCUGAUCGAAAAGUACCUUUCAAUCAAAGAGUGCUAUGGACAGCAGUAACGCUGCUCAUCUUCCUCGUCUGUAGUCAGGUGCCUCUGUACGGCAUCAUGUCAUCCGACUCGUCCGACCCGCUGUACUGGAUGCGUGUCAUCCUCGCCUCUAACAGGGGUACACUCAUGGAACUCGGUAUCACGCCUAUCGUCACUUCGGGAAUGAUCAUGCAGCUUUUGGCGGGUGCUAAUUUGAUCGAAGUGGAUUUCCAGCUCAAAGAGGAUAGAGCCCUGUUUGGUGCUGCCCAAAAGCUGUUCGCAAUGAUCAUCGCCCUCGGCCAGGCAACGGUUUACGUCGUUACGGGUCUCUACGGUCAGCCUCGCGACCUUGGUGCCGGUGUCUGCCUUCUCCUCAUCCUCCAGCUCGUCGUCGCCGCACUCAUCGUGAUCCUCCUCGACGAGCUCUUGCAAAAAGGGUACGGUCUCGGCUCCGGAAUCUCCCUCUUCAUCGCCACCAACAUCUGCGAGUCCAUCGUCUGGAAAGCGUUUUCUCCCACUACAGUCAACACCGGGCGCGGAGCAGAGUUCGAAGGCGCCAUCAUCGCACUCUUCCAUCUUCUCUUCACGUGGAACGACAAGUCCCGCGCCCUGAAAGAGGCCUUCUUCCGGGACCGCCUGCCCAACAUCUGGAACCUCAUCGCUACUGUCAUCGUCUUCGCGGCCGUGAUCUACCUGCAGGGCUUCAGGAUCGAGAUUCCGGUGAAGAGCAACCGGUUCCGCGGUCAGCGCGGGACAUACCCCAUCAAGCUAUUCUAUACGAGCAACAUGCCUAUCAUGCUGCAGAGUGCGCUACAGAGCAACGUCUACCUCAUCAGCCAGAUGCUGUUUAACCGUGCCCCGGAGAACAUCCUUGUUCGUCUUAUCGGUGUUUGGGAGCCCAUGGACGACUCCUCCCAGCUGCAAGCCGUCUCCGGCAUCGCAUACUACAUGUCCCCCCCUCACACGCUCAAGUCCGCCUUCCUCGACCCCGUGCACACUGUCGUCUACAUUAGCUUCAUGCUCGCCGCCUGCGCACUUUUCAGCAAGACCUGGAUCGAAGUCUCCGGUUCAGGUCCACGCGAAGUCGCGCGCAACCUCAAGGAACAGGGUAUGGUCAUGGCCGGCCACAGAGAAGGCUCGAUGUACAAGGAGCUCAAGCGGGUUAUCCCCACUGCUGCAGCGUUUGGCGGAGCCGUCCUAGGCAUGCUCAGUGUUGCUGCCGACCUGAUGGGCGCGCUGGGAAGCGGAACGGGUAUCCUUAUGGCUGUCACGAUCAUUUAUAGCUAUUGGGAGAUCGGGAUGAAGGAGAGUGGAGGGCCGGAGAUGCAGGCGUUUGGGGAUCUCAUGGGCUGAGCGAGUGGCUUUGAAAAUCCGAAUCCGAACCCCAUUAUCCCGAGGCACAUGCAGAAACGCACGAGGCGGCAGGAACAGGAAGAGGAGAGCGAAGUGAAGCGACAGUAGCAGCAGCAGUACCACCACCACCCUUUCAGCACACGAGGCGCACUCGCGGAAACCCUUGUACGAAGCGGAACACUCGUCCAAUUAGACUCAUUU